AUGGAGAAACAUGCGACGCAGAAGUUUGAGACCACCAUGUGCUUGAAGGUAGAAGAAACUUUCGUCCAGAAACUCUGCUCAAGCCUUCCUUCCCGAAGCCUCUUCAGGAAGAUGAUGGUCUUGAGGCAGGAUUCAGAUAUUGAGAAAUUUGUUAUGGCAAAGCGUAUGGUGAAUCGUCACAGUUAUCUUGAGAAAUGCAGUUUCAGGUUCCAAACCAUUGAUGAGACAGACAUGCAUGGUACACAUCUUCAAGCAUGA